AUGGAGUUCUUCGCGUCACUCCAUAGCUUGUCGUCUCACCUGGGAACAUCCCCUGGUGACCUGCUGGAUAUCUUCGGUGCCACAAUUUCCGUGGUCAAACACCAACAGAACCUCCAACACACAAACAAUACAAAAGCCAUGGUUGAGAUCUUCGAUGAAUUUCAGCGCUUGAUUCGACCUACUCAAGAUGCUCCAGGCUUUCUCGAACCUCUCAACACUUCGUCAGCGUUCUAUCACCUUGGACCAUUCUCCACAACUGUUCCUACAGAGCAAAAGCCUCCAAACCCCCUUGUAUCGACGCACUCCUACUCGAAAGAGUUCUCUGGAUACCCGUUCGUGCCUCAUUCACAGCAGUGGCAUUUGGUUCCACCACAUCAUCCCGACGUAUGGGGUGGUCCACACGCACCCAUUAACAGGUUCCCUGACCUCCACGGCGUCGUCAACACGUCCAUCAGCUCUCCGGUACACGUUCUGGAGCUCGCGGAUUGGCAUGUUUCUGGACAAGAGCCUGGAUCCACCUGCGAGGUUAUGCAAACGUUCGUAUUCCCUCAAGGUUCCAGCACUCAUGACGACGUUUCGUCUCCGUUUCAGCGCCACGGAAAAGCCGCUCGUCACUACGCCUCCCGCGACUAUGCCUCCCGCGACUAUGCCUCCUGCGAUUUGAAUGCAGAAGCUUACGAACAACCUUCAGCGACCACCGCGAACGACCUCUAUUACACGGCUCUCAUACCUGGAUACGCCAGUAGCAAUGCUUCGUCGUCUUCGAGUCCGCUUACAGGCAAUUCGGAAGAGACCACAGUACCUGCAAUACCCUUUGGGCCUCCUAGGAGAAAGGGGCGAAGGAGCAAGAAGCGUGGUGGCAACAAUUCGACCACGACAAUGUAUCCUGACACCUGGGUACCUCUGGCAGUCAUCAAAUCUCGGUCUAGUGGGGUUACGGUUACCUGCCGCCUGACUGCGGGGGCGGGAAACGCUGGACAUGGACAAGUAGUCGGGCCGUCCGCAAAAACACCUCAGCCUCAGCAAUGUGGGGCGCAGCCGACCACACCGGGGAGAAGCGUCGGAGGGGUCCAGGAAGCCCAAGGUUUCACUGCACUUGGAACGGCUGCCGCUACACUUAUAAAAGCUUUGAUGAAGCAGACUAUCAUCGACACUUGA